UAAUUUGUUAUAUUUACCAUAUGCAGACUUCAGGCUCACUUUAGAAACAAAAAUUUCAAUAGUGCGGUGAGUCCGAGGCCUGGUUAUGGUAAAAUAAUAUAUGUAAAAAAAAAAUUCAAUUCUGUGACAUUCAACCAGUGCAAAAUCCUCUUCUGAAAUGGUUACAUCAAAAGCGAUUAUGUUCCUGAUACUGGGAAUUUUAUUCCUGACUACUGCUCAAAACAUCGAUGAUUCCGACUACAACCCUGUAGAAAUCGACAAAGAGUAUCCCCUAAUUUACAGUGAGAAUUUUAAAAAAAGCAGUCCAACCGACGAUUUUUACGUCUUGAACGAAAUCGAGGAAGUAGAAAAUGAUCCGGAAACUCAUCCCCGAAUGAUCGAAAAAUUCCAAGCAGCCAAAAACCAAAACACUGCUUACUCGACAGGAGAUAAAAUUGAAAAAAUUUUCUUCAAAAAAGUCGAUUCUAUCACGAGAGCAAGAUCUCCUCCUCAAAACAAUUUUUACAAAAAAAUAGAAGAAAAAAUCUACAGAUAUACGAAACACCGGAUGCCGGGUUACGACUAUGACGAAUUUAAUAUUUUCGGGGACAGCCGUGACGAAAAAUGCAACGAGAAAUCCACUUGGACGCAUUGUCUUUGUCAAUUUACGUGUUACGAACCCAGCACUGUUGACUGUUAUUCCCCCUGUGAGAGCGGAUGCGAAUGCAAGGAGGAUUUUGUUUUUGAUGAGAGGACAAAGCAGUGUUUGCUCCCAUCUCAGUGCGAAUCGGGCGUUGAUUAUUUUUACGAUUAUCAAAUUUAAUCAGAAUUAUUAUCACAGGGAACGCGAGAAAAGGGAUUUUUGUA